UGCGCCGCGCUCGGCCCCGGGCUGGCGGCGGGCCGGGGGGCCGGCGGGUGCGGCGGCGGCUGCAGGGGAUUUUGUGCAGUCGGCGAGUCAUAAAGUGGAUCCAUCAUGGGGCAUAAGGAGGGACGAGUCCUUUCCUGAGACAGCAUUGAAAGGCACGCAUCAGGAACUGAUUAACUUCUAUUGUCAUAAUCACAAAGAGCUGAAAUGUAAGGAAGAGUUUAAGUCCCUGUUAACCCAAAAAGGUAGCAGAUUACAUAGAGAGAAAGGAGAUGGGAGUAACUUCCAUGCAUCUACUUGUCAUAUAGUCAGGACCAUUUUAAAUGAUGCCUGUACAGCCCUAAGUUCUGACAGACUGCCUGGCAGAGCUGAGCACGACUUCUCUGGCUGUGGAUCUUUGCUGAUUACAGUUACAAGAGAUUGCAGGGUCAUCAAAUCUCUGGAUGCAAGGGACUGCCCAACACUGAAUGUACUUCACCCAAAGACGGUGUCUGAUGAAGAUGGUUGCAAAAAGCAAAAGGUUUAUGAGACUGAUGAAUUCAUCCAUUAUUUGCUCAACUACUAUCGGACACCGGGCUAUGCACGUGUUUGCUUAGAGCCAAAAGCCACUGCCAACAAAUCCUGGUGGAAGAGAGUGGUAUCUGAUCAUGACAGCGGUUUUCACAUCAGCUCGAGUAACAAACGUGGUCAGCACCUCAGAGAAGUGAGUCCUGUACAAAACUUCAACAAGAGAAAUUGCGGUGCCAAUGAUAAUUGUAGACUGGUGAUGGCUGUUGGGGAGUUGGAGUCAACAGACACGGUGUUAGAAAACGAGACCUCUGGGGAUGGGCUUGCAAAAAGGUCGCAAGUGGAGAGGAAUGACCUGCUGGCUGUUGAUAACUUACCACGUGCUGGACUGAAUCAUUCUUUGGAUUGCACUGCUGUUACUCAUGAUAAGGAAUACAAACAAGAAGAUGGUAGUGAUGACAGUACCAUACCAUACAAAGUAUCUAGAUCUGUUUGCAGAUUAAAGGAUGUGUUGGAAGAGAUCAGUGAUUCUGAGCAUUUUAGAGAGGAACAUAGCAGCUCCAUGAAGAGUAUAGAAAGAAGGUGUGAAGAACUUUACAGCAGUUGUAAUGAAGGGUGCUUGCCUGCAAGAGCCAGGGAAAGAAAAUUACUGGUUUACCUUAAAAAUGUAACUCUGGAAGGUCAAGAGAAGGAAAGCAGCAAAUACAGCUUCAGUUCUAACUCUGUCCAUGAGGGCUUGGCAAGACAAUGCGAACAUAAACUUAAGAAGUCAUACAAGAGGUCUAGUAGUAAAUUAAGACAUCGGCAGAAGAGUGAGAGACAAUCCAGGGAGGAGGAGAGAAAUGCUCACAAAAUGAAGAAAAGACGGAAAAAGCUUUCUUCUGAUCUUUUAUCUGAUGAAUGUGGCUUUUCAGAGACAGACAGUUGCAUGCAGCUGGAGUCACUCAGAGAGAUACAAAGAAAGUGCAACAGAAUGUUCCACAAAAAAGUGAAAUUCAAGACUGUUCAUGCUGCCAUGUCAGCACCAGAUGGUACCCCUUGUGAUGGGACCCCACUUCAGGAGACCUUCCAGAGGACAGGAGAUGAGAGGAAAUUAAUGUUGAGAAGAGAGAUGGAUGCAGAUGUCAGAGGAUGCUCUCUCUUUCCUCUUGAGAUAAUUCAGACAAACCCCUGCUCAGAUACUUUCUGUGGAGCAGAGCCCAGAAGAGGAUGCUGAACAGCUACUGUAUAAUAGCUAUUAAAUUUUUAUAUAAAAGUGGGAGAAGAAAGCUCUUUCACCAUUAAAAGGUACAUGAAA